AUGCCUUACAACAUCUCCGCCAUCCCUCCGCCAGAGGAGGUCAGUGGCCAUGCAGCUCUGCCAUUGACCAGAAUCAAGAAGAUCAUACAUCUGGACGAGGACAUAGCGCAGUGCUCCAACAAUGCCGCCUUUGUGAUCGCAGUGGCUACUGAGAUGUUUAUCCGCUACCUGGCCGAGCAAGGUUACAACGUUGUCAAGUCCGAACGAAAACCAAGACGGACGAUCCAAUACAAAGAUCUAGCCACCGCCGUCUCCCGCAUCGACAACCUCGAGUUCCUAGCCGACGUAAUACCCAAAACGACAACAUAUAGACAGUUCAAAGAGAAGAGGGCCAGGGAGACUGCCAACGGGGCCGAUGUGUCGAAGAGCCAGCGAACGCUAAACGGCACCAGAGCACGGGAGAAUGGCACGUCGCGCGAGGGGCGCGAAGACCCCAUGCUGCAUAUGAACGGACAGGGUGACUCGCCUGUGAUAACGUCGCGGCCGCCGAUGGUUAUACAUUCGUCGCGCCAGCGGAGUUCUGGUGUGGCUGAUAAUGAGUCUGGGUAUGUGAGGGAUAGAGAUGGAGAUGGGGAUGGGGAUGGGGAUGGGGAUGGGGAUGGGGAUGUUGAGAUGGGACUGUGA